AUGACCGAUCCCGACAGCUCCUAUCGCCCGCGUUCUCCAGACUUCACGUCUCUCCAACCCUUCCCCGACUCCUUCAGCAACACCUACCAGCCCCAACCUCCAUAUCUCGCAAGUCCACACGGCCAACGCGCCUCUUACGACGCCUCGCCGUUCUUUAACUCGGGCUACCAGCCGCCCGUUCCCGCCGCCAGCAGCCGCAUCCCACAGCAGUACGUCCAGCCAACGCUGCCCCAGGACUACAGCUUCGACAUGGCCCGACGCAGCGCUCGUCUGUCUGCGGGAGCCCAGCCUCCCGCCGUCGCCCCUCACGAGACCAUCAUGUUCGACCACCCUGUCUCUCCGCUACCCCCCGCGCCCAUCGAAGAGCCCAAACAGACCAAGCCGUGGGACGGAGUAGAGGUGAAAACCAAGUUCCCCGUGGCCCGCAUCAAGCGCAUCAUGCAGGCCGAUGAGGAGGUCGGAAAGGUAGCCCAGGUUACUCCCAUUGCCGUCUCCAAAGCGCUCGAGCUUUUCAUGAUCUCACUUGUCACCAAGGCUGCCCAAGAGGCCAAAGAUCGAAACUCCAAGCGCGUGACGGCGGCCCACUUGAAACAAGCUGUUGGCAAGGACGAGGUGCUCGACUUUUUAGCCGACAUCUGCUCCAAAGUGCCCGAUCAUUCGAAGAAGAACGACGAAGACGGGAGCGAUCACAACGAAGGCAAACGGAAGUCCGGUGGAAGACGAAAAAAGGACCUGGACAGUGACGACUUUUGA